AUGGCGAAGCGGCUCUCUUAUACAAAGGAGGAUGUCAGGGAGGAGCCACCAUGGUGUCUGCUCUAUGCAGAUGACAUAGUCUUGGUAGCCGAGAACACGGAAGAACUGGAAGGGAAACUUGAAAGAUGGAGAUAUAUCUUGGAGAGUAGAGGUUUAAGCAGGAAAAAGACCCAAUACAUGACAACCGAAUUGAAUGACGACCAGCAAACAACAAUCAAAUUAGGCGGAAGAAACAUCAUAAGGGUCCAUAAAUUCAAGUACCUUAGAUCAGUGAUUGACAAUCAGGGGAACAUGGAAGAGGAAAUUAACAACCGGAUUCAGUGUGGUUGGAACAACUGGAUGAAGGUGUCUGGUGUCAUAUGUGAUAGGAAAGUCCCUAUAAGAUUAAAGGGUAGAGUGCACAAGGCAGUGGCCAUACCAGCUAUGACAUAUAGAUUGGAAGCAUCACCUCUAAAGAAAACAGAGGGCAGAAAGUUGAACGUGAACGAGAUGAGGAUGCUUAGGUGGAUGAGUGGAGUAACCAAAAAGGACAGGAGCAAGAACGUCGCGAGGAAUGGGCCUUUGUCAUUCUGCAGCAGCAAAUGGACGCGGAUCCUGAUCCGUUUCAUAACGUCUUCACUUGUGACGGCUCCUGGAUCUUCCAGGAUAAUCCUGGAAGCAAAAGACAGUGUUGAAACAGCUGACAGAGAUGGAUAUCCUCCUCCACAUCUUCGUCCAUUGCAAAAGAAGACAGAAGUAACGUCUAGUGCAAAUGGGGAGUAG